CAGACACUAGGCUAUAUCUGCUGGCUGACAGCAGCCAGGACAUAAAAGCUGCCAUUGUCUCAGCAGCCUGUUGUUGUGGCCUCAGUCAGUGCUCAUCUACCAGACAGCAGCCAGGUUGUCACAAUGUCAAUUCAGGGACGCCCAAAAGGGAACCCGAAAGCAUUUGACAAGCCAAAAUGCAAGAUUUCUGCGUCUCGAAAACUCUCGCUUAAGAUGCUGCUCCUCAACAGAGCCAUGGAGGAACUGGAGAAGGAGAAGCAGGAUAGAGAUGAGGAGAAAGUCCGUUACCUGGGAGAGAAAAUGCCUGCUCUACAGCUCUCUGGGCUUUCACUGGAUGAGUUACAGAAUCUGUGCAAGCAGCUCCACGCAAAGAUCAAUAUUGUGGAUGAAGAGCGGUACGAUUGUGAGUCUAAGGUGCACAAGAACAACAAAGAUAUUCAUGAGCUGAAGCUGAAAGUUCAGGAUCUGGGAGGUAAAUUUAAGAAGCCAGCUCUGCGGAAGGUGCGCGUGUCUGCUGAUGAGAUGAUGCGAGCUCUGCUGGGCUCCAAACACAAGGGCUCCAUGGACCUCCGAGCUAACCUCAAGUCAGUCAAGAAGGAGGACAUCAAACAAGAGAAGGUCCUGACUUCUGAAGUAGGAGACUGGCGUAAGAAUGUGGAGGCCAUGUCUGGUAUGGAAGGCAGGAAGAAGAUGUUUGAUGCUGCUGGUGGAGGCCAGUAAACUGCAUAUCACCCUGACUAAGACUGUCUGGAGGGCAGCGAGGAGAGAUUCUGCACAAAAUGGCACAGAGAGGAGAAAAGAAAGAAAGGAAGGAAGCAUUAGAGCCUCCAGUACUUGCUUGGCCUGGUUAAUUAGUGGAUUCUCUCUUAAAAAUAAGGGUGGAGAAAAAGGUUCUUUAAAAGCCAUAGAAGUUUCCUUGUGACACUGUCAAUUGAUGCUUCCUUAUAGAGCUGCUUUUUUUUAAAGCUUAAAAAGUCACCAUGUACUGGAAAGGUUCAAUUCUAAUUAAAGCCAGAUGUCCAAAGCAAGAA